GCGAUUGUUUAUUUGAUUUUAGCCAUUGUUGACAAAUUUACUUACAACAAGAAUCUAGUCUAGAUCUCUAGAAGUAAUUUAAUGUUUAACUUGUGGCCUGAUUACCUGACUCCAAGAAAGAAGUAAACUUGGCGAAAACUCAGAUUUUUCAAUAAGAGAUUAUCAUUACACCUGUGAGUGAUGCCCCUGUGAGGGAGGCAGGUGAACUAGGCUCGGGCAGGUAGAUGUGUGAGAUGACAUCAGAACACCUGGACUCACCUGAGGCACCUGUCCUGACACCCACCAGCAGUGAGUUUAUUGAGGUGCCGGAGGACCCCUACGCUGACGACAAUGAUGACAAGAGGUUGUGGAUAGGCAACCUGGACACUCGGAUGACGGAGUUUGCUAUCCUGAAGCUGGUCCAAAAGUUUGGCUCUAUCAGAAAGAUGGAUUGUAUCUAUCACAAGACAGGGCCAGAUAAAGGGAAGUCAAAAGGAUAUUGUUUUGUUAGUUUCCACACAUGGGAGGCAGCAGAAAAGGCCAGGAAAACCCUGGAUGGUAAAAUGAUUAUGUCACGUAUGAUCUACGUCAAGUGGGCACGCAGUUCCAAACAGAACCCAGUAGCAGCUAAGACAGUGGCAAAAUGUAAACCAAAGCCCACAGAACAGACGCCAGCCCCCUCGUUACCUCCUGUGGCAGCUGCAGCGCUGUCGUUGUCAUCGUCAUUAGCCAUGGCCAACACAGCAACAAAGAUCGAAGCAAUAGAGGCUAAGCUGCGUCUGAUGGAAGAAGGGGAGAAGGACGUCAGCAUUGACACCAUACUUAAACCAUACCCCGGGUUCAAACCCACACCCUCAGGCGUGAAAGCAAAUACUCACCGGACCGCUCCCUACAGAAAGAUCCAGAAAGGUGACCACAGGAAAAGGUGGAAAUAAUGAGUUUUGUAAAUGUAGAUCAGUAGAUGUUUUGUGUUGUGGUAGGUCCUUGUGACUUGCGGUUACUGUAUAGUUGACUUGUGAAUGUUGGGGUUGAUGUUAUUGUGGGUAUGACUUUAGAAUGUGAGGUAUUAAUUAGAUCUGACUUGAUAAUGGUAAGUUUAUUGAAGUAUGACUUGAGAAUGGUAAGUUUAUUGAAGUAUGACUUGAGAAUGGUAAGUUUAUUGAGGUAUGACUUGAGAAUGGUAAGUUUAUUGAGGUAUGACUUGAGAAUGGUAGGUUUAUUGAGGUAUGACUUGAGAAUGGUAGGUUUAUUGAGGUAUGACUUGAGAAUAUUAGGUAUUAAUUAGAUAUGACUUUAGAAUAUUAGGUUUUAUGGAGGUAUAUUUGUGAAUGUUAGAUUUGAUGAAGGUAUGAUUUGAGAAUAUUAAUUUCAAUUUAAGAAAAUUUUUAGAAUGUCAGUAUUAAUAAAGGUAUGACCUGUAAAUGUCAUGUCUGAUGUAGAUAUGACAUGUGAAUGUCAUUUUGUGAGUUUGGUUUGUAGUAACUAUGACCAUUGAAUGUCCAGAAUGAUGUAGCUAUGACAUACGAAUGUCAGAAUUGAGUUAGGUUUGCCUGCUGACAGUUUGAUAACUUGUUGCUACUUUGUAUGAUCUAGAAUGUUGUUGGUCAGAUGUUUUUAACUGUCAUGUUUGAAAUUGAGUUGAUUUGUGUAUUGAUUUCCACAUUAGUCUUCAUCUUUUUGUUUUAGCGACAAUGUACAGAUUUAAUGAAUAUAAAAACUUGAAAACAAA